CUACCAUCUUUCCGGAAAUCCGUCGAGAUUCCUCAAAAAGUUAUUAUCCCAUGAAAUAUUAUACGGCCUCCAUUUGUUCAAAGAGCAAAUGUUUACGUUAACGGCACAAUAUCCACUGCAAUCCCAUGUGAAGUAAUAAAACUUCACUCACCUCUAUACCUAUGCGUGUUAUCAGCACUUCUUUAGAGUACACUUUUAACUGCCGCAUUGCUCUGGUUUUAAAAUGAGUUUCAAAUGCCGUAAAAUAGCGUUGUUUUUGCUUGCGUUUUUGAGAGCGUACAGUGCUUUUCGCUUUAAAGUGGAUGGGAUGUUGUCGAUUGAGUUGAAAGGCAUAGAGGUGGGAAACUUGAGGGCGCAUGAAGAAAGAGACGACAAGCGAGGAAAUGUGACAGUGAAGAAACAAAAACGUAUCAAGAUCGCGACACCACCGCCGAUGCUGGAAUGUAUAUACCAGUACCCCGAGCGGAAUCAAACAGACGCUAUGCUCAGCAAUAUGAUGAACGAACUCACCAAGAUUUUCAUGCGAGCCCAUAAGCUAGUGCACCAUGGAACUGGAACAACAAAGAUCGUUAACAAACGGUACCGAGUGAUCGACAACAAGAGCCACCACUUCUUCGGGGAAGUCUUCGCAAACAUGACGCAGCAAUACAGGCAGUUCUACAACCGUACGUUGGACAGCAUGACGCCUCCCCGCGACCCCUGCGAUCACCAGCUGCAGCUGAAGAGCCUGUGGGGCGAGCUGCUUGACUACUCACUCCUGAGCCUACAGAAUGCCACCGUGAAAUGCAUGGACGAAUAUCUCAGGGUCCAGAACCGCAGUGAUGAUUCUCAGAUUAAACGCAAAUUGGGCAAAUACCUAAGGGGUGAGAUCCAGCGCGCCCGCAGCGACCAACUGGGCAUGCUUUGCGACACCUUCCAACUGUGCUACAGCGAACUAUUGUGAAAACAAACCACGAACAUGGCUAAGAUAGGUGCCAUAGAUAUAGACGCUAGGAAUCAAAGUUAACAACUCUCUAGAAAGAGACAAACAACAACCAAUAGAUACUAUAGACCCUGGGUUCCGAACCUGGGGGUA